CUAAAUAAAUGGCAGUAUCUGUACAACAUUAAAAUAAAAUAGUUGAAAUGUUUAUGGCUUUAUUCGCAGUGGUGUUUAUCUCCAUAACUAUCAUCAUAUUGUUUGGUUGUAUUAAGAAUUUCAGGACAGUUGUUCAAAAGAGAAUAUUAAUAAUAGUUUUGGGGGAUGUUGGUCGCAGUCCAAGAAUGCAGUACCAUGCCUUGUCAUUUGCCAAGGAAGGUUUUGAAGUCAAUAUUGCUGGAUUUGACAAUUCACCUCUAAUUCAAGAAUUACAGGAUGAAGAGCUAGUUCAUGUUGUGCCUCUGUCUGAACCUCCUGUAAAGCCAAGAUGGCUACCUCGUUUACUUUUUUAUCUAGCAAAGACAAUAUUCCUAUUUCUGCAACUAAUUAUCAUUGUCUUAUGGAAAACAUCAAAGCACUCUCACAUUCUUGUCCAAAACCCUCCGGCAAUCCCAACACUUGCCGCAGCAUGGCUACUAUGUCUGAUUCGCCAAUCGCAUUUUAUCAUAGAUUGGCACAACUAUGGUUAUACCAUUCUCUCAUUGACCAUUGGCAGCAAAAAUCCACUUGUUAGGUUUUCGAAGUUUUAUGAGGGCAUCUUUGGACGCAUGGCUGCAUACAAUAUAUGUGUUACACAAGCAAUGAAAGAAGAUUUAAAGAAGAGAUGGAAUGUAACAGCAACUACACUUUACGACAGACCACCAAAGCGAUUUAAAAGUGUGGAUGAGAAUGCAAGACAUAAGAUCUUUCUUAAAUUGUCUGAAAGCUAUGAUGUAUUCAAAUCUGUCAAAAAUGAGAAUACCACUGAAACAAGAUUUACAACUACCGUGAGUGGCAGAACCACCUUAAUACCAGACCGUCCUGCCUUACUAAUCAGCAGCACUAGCUGGACAGAGGAUGAAGACUUUUCAAUCCUCCUUGAGGCAUUGCAACAGUAUGACAAAAUGACUGAAGCCUUAACACUCCCAAGUCUUGUGUGUGUCAUCACAGGUAAAGGUCCAUUGAAGGCCUACUACCAGGAUAUAAUAUCAAAAACUGACUUUGACCAUGUUGAGAUUUGUACACCAUGGUUGGAGGCUGAGGACUACCCCACCCUGGUUGGGUCAGCUGAUUUGGGUAUAUGUUUGCACACAUCAUCUUCAGGCCUCGAUUUGCCAAUGAAAGUUGUUGAUAUGUUUGGCUGUGGUGUGCCAGUUUGUGCAAUUGGUUUUUCAUGUCUUCACGAGUUGGUCAAGCAUGAUGAAAAUGGUCUAGUGUUUCAUGGUCCAGAACAGCUGGCAGAACAUUUGCAAGAAUUGCUGGCUGGUUUUCCCAGAAAUCAAUCGUCGCUGGACAAAUUUCGUGAAAACUUAAAGAAUUUUCAGGAAAAACGCUGGCAUCCAUGCUGGAAAGAAACAUUUUUUAACCCUGUGUUCACCAAAAAGUAGACGUCAUUUUAACUUUACGUAGAGCAUAAUAAACCUGAUUAACUUGGCCUGUUACGAACAUUUAACUCAUG